AUGUUAUCCAUUCUUGCAGCAUUAGCAAUUAGCUGUCCUGUUCCAGCCCGUCAAACUGGACUUACAUGGAAUCCAAAUGCCAAUAAAAUCCUCGUCGAAAUGUACGGUGAUCCACUCUGUCCUGUUUGUUUGAACGCCUGGAUGAAUGGUGUCUCAAAAAUGAUUCAGAAAUAUCAAAAUGAUGUUAAAUUCGUUCUUCAUUUCCUUCCAUUACCUUACCAUACAUGGGCAUUUGUCGUUACAAGAACAAUUUUAGCUGUCAAACAAUUAUCUGAACCAAAGGCACAAAUUUUAGUCAACGCUCUUUAUACAGGUGGUCAGGGCCAGUUCGAAAAUGACCCUAGUUUUACAGAAAAUACUGUUACAGACAAUUGUAUCAAAUAUGCUGCUAAAAUCUGCCAACUUUCUGAAGAUGAUAUCAGAAAUGCAUUCGCUACAAUUGAUAUUAACUUAGGAGCUCGUGUUGAGUUCAAAUACUCAACAUCUCAUGGAGUUGAUGGUACUCCUUACUUCUUUGUCAAUGGUGUUGUCACAAAUGAUGUAGAUGCCGGAUCUUCAAUUGAUGAUUGGAGUCUAUAUCUCGACAACCUCCUUAAUUAA